GUUCAUGGCACUUGAAUUAAGUACUUCGCAUGCAUACCCGAUUAACCAUCACUUGCCCGCGUAAUGCCACCUUCAUUGCGAGACUCAACGAUAAUGCGUCAUGUACUAGCCACUCAACCCUGAAUCUAAAAGGCUUGUCCUUUGCUGUCAUGUUACGAGCCGCAGUAACUUGUAACCUCUCCAAGACAUAGUAAACGAGGAAAAGAAGAGAGCAAAUCAAGUAUGGCGUGCAACUCUGGCCCAGCUCCCAGGAUUGCCUCCUCAACACCUGCUUCGUCUCUUUCGAAUAUUGACAUCCUUGGGGACACCAAAAUUCGGCGCUCAUUUGUCAAGAUACCCAGUAAUCAGAAGAUACUUCUGAGCGGAUAUGAGUCAUGGGCAAGUCAUCUUAGCCGACGCGCCAACGGCUUUCUCAAUGUACCCCCUGAGAUGCUGGAUCAGGUGAAAGCCUCCCAUGUCCGGCAGAACAAAACAUCCAGUUUGGAUCUAUCUGCCGACACCAUGAGUCAGCCAGAGCAUGAUUCGGAUGUCCCAGAGCCAUCUGGAAGCCAGUCAUCGCCCCAGCCGCAUGCCCAGGGCGGCGACAAAGACGACGACGACGACGACGACGAUGACGAUGACGCUGCUGGCGAGACAUUGUCAUGGCCACCGAGCCCUGAGCACCAUGUCAGACUGCCAAGGGCUGAAAGCGAGAAGCCAGAUCAACCUUUCCUAACACAACUUCCUGAGAAGUCGCCACCACAGCCUACCGCCAUGACUUUAUCACCAGAACACCCCAAACUGCCAGAUUUUCCACCGAGCAGUCAGGGACCUGAGGAUGAGCUUGAAGUUGAAGUCCCGGCUGCCCUCAACUACAGUCUCCUGCCUAUUAACAAACCAUCCUUGCCAAUGCUAGCAACCCCUCCCUCCGCUCAGGUUGUCCCAUGCACGUUAGAACAGUCUUCGGAGCGUAGCUCUAUGAGCGCUUCUAAAAGUGAGAAUCCCAAAUUGGACCCCGCUAUUAAAAGGCACAGGUAUAAUCGUGUGCCCGAGUUGUACCGUGGACCUAAAACAGACACUGUCUCGUCACACUUGAAGAUCAAUGCCACCCCGAACAAAGCCGCAGCUACCUCAGGUCGUAGUACCGAUAUCGAGAGUUCUUUGCCUACAAACAUUAUAUCACCAUUUGUCAUACCGUCUACCAAAAACGACCUAACACCCGAGAGGGAAGAGCACACUCUAGGCCCGGGUUUGGCGUCAAGCUACCAGCUGGCAGGUUCCAGCUCAAACAACUUCCACAGUAUAUUAGCUUCGGGGUCCGAACCCUCAAUGCAAAUGCAUCCUGCACCAGUCAAUGUCAUCGGCUCUUCUCAAGGAGUAACACCGGCCGCUCAUUCGGUCGCUCCGCCAGCCAUAACGUCGAAGAGCUGGGAAGCUCCAUUCGUCCACUAUACAGCUACAUACCCGAGAUAUAAUGGAACGAUACAUCAUUUCAUUAUGGCAUGUAUACUUAUCCAGCAACAGCAACGUAGGCGCAGAAUUCGAACAUCCUUGUACGACGAUUUCAUUAGAGCUUGGGUCGAUGGAUACUUGCCUUACGUCGACGACUGCGAUGAGACGAAACCUCCCCGCAAAGCGCUGACGGCGAUUGAAUGGUACAAUGAUAUUGAUGAUGAUCCUUUAUUUACUGAGAGGGUCGUGACACGCGAUAACCUCCAACUGAUACUUGAUUGUUAUCCCCAUGAGGUUAAGCUUGUGCGGCAGGAAAUAGAAAACUCUAACAGUCAAGGCUCGAAUGAGUCUCAAACUUCUAAUGGCCAGUCGAAACCACACCCCCGGGAUAAUGUGCAGCCAGAUGCUUCACCUUCGCAACGGUCGAAGGGAAAAGAGCCAAUACGGCAGCCAGUUGAAGCACCGAAGAUGGACGCCCGAGUGUCUAGCUUAUCGCCCACCGCACUUCGACAAUUACCUCAUAUGGCAGCUAACCAACAAAUACCAGUCCACAAAUCCUUUGGCGGAAUAGAAGCACGACCAGCCCAGCGCGAAAGUCUAACGCGGUCCCUUUCAGAAUCGACUAUGCACAGGAAACGGACUGCGACCAACGAGCUCCGGUCUGAAGGAACUAAGCGAGUCUCGCUGGGCCUCCUCCCCGACGCUCAGAGUAGGAUGUGGUCUGACUCCGGCAGCACGACCAGCAACCAUUCGAACCGGUCUAAGAACACCGCUCGAACCUCUGUUACCCCUGAACCUGCUGCAGGACGGGUGAAGGCAAGAGUCGCUGAGGACCCAGAGGGGAGGCGUGCACGCAGACUUGCGAAACACAUCAAGAAGCGGUUGUCUGGAAGGGAGAGUAUCGCCAGCCCGGCCCCCAUAAGGAACACCCCUACGUCGGGACAAAAGUAUUAAGUAUAUUGCAAGAUACGGAGAUGGGCAAGUACGUUGAUUGGUACGCGAUGGAGUUCUUGGAGGCGUCGGAGUAUUCGUUGUUGCCAUUUUAGGAGAUUAUAUACCCCCCAGCCGCCGUGGUUGGUUCACGGCGUAGACUAUUUCGGAAUGUGAAGAGUUCAUCGAGCAAGAACUGCUUUGCAGUUGAUCUAAGAUCUCACAAGUAUAGCAGGUUUGCCUUUCAGAGAUGAUGAUUAUGAUUAUUAUGUACACUGUUGCCCGCUCGCUUCCCCGCCUUGGCAGACUAUAUGAGGUGCUCUAUAGGAAAUUCAUGGAUGGACCCCUAUAUCUGCUUCGUUGAAUUUUAUACAAAUGGCGUCAAGCUUAACGCAGGAUUGGCAAUGAACUGAGCAUCGAUAUUGGUCUCAUUAGAUAUCUAGUGGUAUCCAACAUAUACUCUACAGCAUUUCAUCAUACAGCCAAGCGAGUUGAAUCAGUCAUAUCGUCUCUAAUGUUUCAUUCUUCC